UGCCUGAUUUCAGGCUGCCGUAUGUCGCCGCUAUUUGCUGCUGAGCAACUGAGGCAAAUAGGAGACGUGGGGAUACACACUGGGCUGGGCUACGAAAACCGUUUAGCUGCUGCAUUGAAGCCAGAUAUAAAACUGACAGCAAAAAGAAGCGCAAGGGAUGACGUAGGGACUGAGGCUGGAGGAGAGUGCAGAGAUGAGCCUCACGUCCUGGUUCCUCGUGAGCAGCGGGGGUACGCGGCACCGGCUGCCCCGUGAGAUGAUCUUUGUGGGUCGUGAUGAUUGCGAGCUUAUGCUACAGUCUCGCAGUGUAGACAAGCAGCACGCUGUCAUCAACUAUGAGUCCAGCAGUGAUCAACAUAAAGUGAAGGAUCUGGGAAGCCUGAAUGGGACAUUUGUGAAUGAUGUCAGAAUCCAGGAACAGAUGUACAUCACUUUAAAGAUUGAUGACAAACUGCGGUUUGGAUAUGAUACCAACUUGUUCACUGUGGUGCGAGGAGAGCUGCAUGUGCCAGAGGAGGCUCUGAAGCAUGAGAAGUUCACCAGCCAACUUCAGCUGGGCAAGAAGCCCACCUGUGCAGAGCCCUCAAAACCCCCCAAGUCUUCCCCAGACAAAGCCAAAGUAAGCAAAUCCACAGAGCCCAUUUCUGAACCAGCAACCAAACCUGCAGAGCCAAACAAAGGAGAUGAAAAGAUGCCAGGUGAUAUAGCUGCCGUGCACAGGGGAACCCCGUUGUAUGGACAGCCCUCCUGGUGGGGCGAUGGGGAUGCAGAUGAUGAGAACUCCUUUAAACAAGAGGAUAAAACAUCUGGAAAGAAGCAGGAGAACAGUGGGGCAGAGAGCAAAGAGACCAAGCAAAGUGAUAAAUCAAAAGAAAAUGGUCUGGGCCCUGUAGGCGCUGAGCCCAGCUACUUUGAGCUUCCCAGCAAGGAGGGACAAAUGGCACAGAACAGCAUCCAUGAAAUCCCAACAAAGGACACUGAGGGCACUGGGGCUGCAAAAUCAGCCACUGCCAACGCCUCUGCACAGGCCAACACCUCAUUCACCAUUGAGUUUGACGAUACUUCCCCAGGGAAGGUCACCAUUAAAGAUCAUGUGUCUCGUCUACGACCAAAAAAAUCACCUCACGUUGGCGGUAAAGACCUUAGCACCCUGCAGGCAGCCAUCAUGGCCUCUGAAAGCAAGGUGGCUGACUGGCUUGCCCAGAAUGACCCUCCUCUAGUGAGGCGUGAGUCCACAGAAGAGGAAAGUAAGAGCAUCAAGAGUGAUAUGCCUGUUCACCUCAAGAGGCUUAAAGGCAGUAAACACGAAGAUGGCACGCAGAGCGAUUCUGAGAAUGGUCUAGGAUUGCGAUUUGGCAGCAAACGCCAUGCCGCACUGGAGGAGCGCCUGAGAGCCGCAGGAGUGGGCCGGGUCAAAACAGACGGGUCGUCUUCUGUGAGCCGCACAGCCUUCAUGAUUGAGUUCUAUGACGAGGAUAACCCUCGCAAACGGCGCUCUUACUCAUUUUCGCAGACUGCACCUUUGCUCGGAGGCGUGGCAGGGGAGGGAUUUUGCCCUGCACCGCCCUCACGUCCUAAGGUCGUUGCGACAGCAGCGGACGGCAGCAAGGGCAUGUCAUCAUCCCUAGCGGCAGUCGCCCCAACGGCUGCUCGACUCCUGCUCAAACAGAGAUCUGAGGAGCCAAAGGUGGUGCAGAGCCCUGCCGCUACCGCUCAGACCAGUCCCACAGAUGAGGCUCAGAAAGCAGACGACGACCAGAGCGACAAGGGAACUUACACCAUCGAACUGGAUAAAAGCAACGCUGAGGAAGAAGAGGCACGGCGAAUGAUCGAUAAGGUGUUUGGGGUGGAGGAAUCUCAGAAUCCUGGUUGCCCUGAAAAACGAGAAGCCAGUGGAAAAGUGAAGGACAGCAAGAAGCUCAGCUCCACUGCGUCUGAGAGAACUGUGGCGGAAUCGGUUGCAGUCGGCAGCUCUCGCUGGGUUUCACAGUGGGCCAGUUUAGCUGCUAAUCAAACGAGAACAGACCCAGAGGGCUCUGGGGCAGAACCACCAGCUUUUGUCCAUCAAGAGCGAGAUGGUGAUGCAUUUGAGGCUGGCAUAUCUAUCAAGAGCACUGGCUCCACUACUUCCAGCCAAGCUGAGCGCAAAAGAAGGACUCUGCCACAGCUUCCCAUAGAGGAGAAGAUCAAGCGCUCUGAGAUCGGUGAGAAGCAGGACACAGAACCCCAAGAAAAAGAAAGCCACAAUGAACAUAAAGGUGAUGGCGAGUGCAUCGGCACUCCGGACAACAAGGAUGUUGUGUCUAGCCAAUCCAAGAGCAUCCAGCAGGAUGGGAAGGCAGGAAAACAGUCAUCGGUGCGCCCCCAUGGAAGUGGAGAGAGGAGAGCAUCAGAGGAGAGUCGCAGGAGGCGUUCGGAGGAUAAGAGUAAAGGAAGUGACGGGGAGAGGUCUGGGAAGCCACUGGUGAGGCAGGGGAGUUUUACAAUUGAGAAGCCCAGUGGUAAUGUCCCCAUAGAACUGAUUCCUCGCAUCAACCGUCAGAAUGGAGGAAGGGAGCGAAGCGACUCGGUGGGCAGCAUGGACACAGCGACUCUUCUCAAGGACACUGAAGCUGUCAUGGCUUUCCUUGAGGCUAAACUCCGCGAUGAGAAAAAGUUGGACCCGGUAACACCCCCAGCCUGCCCUUUAUCCCCCGAAUCCGAUAUCGACACGGCCAGCACGGUCAGCCAGGCAGCAGCCGAGGGUGAUCGAAAGGCGGUUCAGAAGCGUAGAUCCCUCAGCAGCCUGUAUAGAGAGAAAAGCAACGCAAGCACCACAUCGAAAACCACAACCAGUGCAAGGGAGCGUCUAGAGAGGAAAACAAAGACCAAGACCACAGAAAGCCGCUCAGAUACACGUCGUUCAGUACAGACAGCCUCCCGUGGCCGCCAACCGUCCCAAGAUCUCACUGAUGACGAUCAGACUUCCUCGUUUGCCAUCUCAGACAUCCUGUCCUCGGACCAGGAGACAUAUUCCAGUCGCUCGCACACCAAAGGUCACUUAACCUCCACCGAUGACCUUUUACAGUCCAAGCUUGAUAGCAGCAAAUCCACGAGGUCUGCAAAACCCAGCAAGACGCUGCAAACUAGCACCGCAGCCCUGGCGAAACAGGCUGGUCUUCCACAGCCCCGUCCCACGAGGGCAUCCAUGUUGCGCAGGGCUCGGCUUGGAGACACGUCAGACACGGACCUAGCGGAUGCGGACAGGGUUUCGGUGGCGUCUGAGGUGUCCACCACCAGUUCCACUUCCAAACCACCAUCGGGGAGGAAGGCGCAGUCACGCAUCGACAUGCUAGCGCAACCUCGCCGCACCAGACUCGGCUCGUUUUCAGCACGGAGUGAUUCGGAGGCCAUAGUCAGUAGGACCACGGCGACACGUGUGUCUGCAGAGACAGCGCUUCGUCUGGGGCUGAGAAGCACAAAUCAGCAAGCACCGGAUGGCAAGCUCACUGCACGCAUGAGGGCUAAUAGUGUCUCCAAACUAUCGGACCCCAAGCUGAAGACAGCACCUGUCAACAGCAACCCAUCAGCCACUAACCGGUGGAGACGGCUGCCUCCUGAGUAUGCCUCUACCUCUGAGGAUGAGUUUGGAUCUAACCGGAACUCUCCCAAACACAUUCACCUGCGGCCGGGGACCACCCUUCGCACCAGUAGACUGGGCUGUCCCUCUCCGGUCACGACCAGCCCUGGGGGUCUCCUCCUCAAGAACAGGAUGAGAGAACAGGAGGAGUACAUACGAGAUUGGACAGCCCACAGCGAGGAGAUCGCCAGGUUAUUUCCCUGUGUGCGCAGAAUCAGUCAGGACCUGGCCAAGGACCUGGCCAUCCUGGCACGUGAGAUCCACGACGUGGCGGGCGAGAUCGACUCGGUCAGUUCCUCCGGCACGGCGCCCAGCACCACGGUCAGCACGGCCGCGACCACACCGGGCUCCGCCAUCGACACCAGAGAGGAGCUGGUUGAGAGAGUUUUUGACGAAAGUCUAAACUUCAGGAAGAUUCCCCCUGUAGUUCACACCAAAGCCUCAGAGAUCAAUGGCAGACCAGUGGAGCUUCGUCCCCGGGCCCCGGACAGCCUGGACCCUCAGGCGGCCCUGCGCAGACGUACCUGGAACCGGGAUGAGGUGAGACCGGCGGUGCUAGACAGUUUAUUGCUGACGUCGGUUUCCCAACUGUCUUCCAAAAUCCGACAGUCUGUAGAUAAAACCACUGGCAAAAUCAGGAUAUUGUUCAAGGACAAAGACAGGAACUGGGAUGAUAUUGAGAGUAAACUCUGUUUGGACAAUGAAGUUCCUCUUCCCAAAACUACAAAUAAGGAAAUUUCAUCUAUACUAACAGAGCUGAAGAGGGUAGAAAAACAGCUUCAAGUUAUAAACAUGAUGGUGGACCCCGAUGGAACCCUUGAUGCUCUGACCAGCCUCGGCCUGACCAGUCCAACCACCCCAAAACCCAGAAGCAGUCCUGGGUCUCAGAGCGUGUGGGGGUCUCUGCCCAGUAAUGGAGCCCCUCAGCCACCACCAACAACGAUCAGCCCUGGCCCAGAGAAACCCAGUGUAGGACGCAACUUCAACCGCACACACCCCACGGGAGAGGAGAGUGCCAUCCCUAGCAAAUAAAAGACUUUCUUUUAGUAAACUGGACUAAUAAAACUACAUACUGUAACUUGUUCCUGAAUGGAUCUUAUACGUGUAUGUAUUAUGUACUAUGUGCCCUUCUACAGGAUUCUGUAAGAGGUCUUUUUAUUGUUUUACCCUGUAGUGUAACCUUUAGGAUCACACCUGUGUAUCUGGACUGACUGCUUAGCUCGGCUAAGCAAAACCCCAACAAAACACACACAGCUGCAUGUGACAGGAAGCAAGCCCAGUGAACUGCCAGACAGAUCCCUCGUGAAUGGACAAAAAUAACUCCAGUGCCUGUCUGCUCUGCUCUGAGCUCACCUUUCUUUGAGAACACGUUCUGCUCAGUUUUGCCAAACUGAAUGCAGCAAACUAUGCGCAAACUCUGCAAUUGUAUUUAGAAAUUUGUUUAUUUAGAUAACUGUAAUUUUUGGGAAAAUGUUUUAGAUGUAACUUUUUUUUGUGCAUUCAGGCUAUUCUAAAUUAGCGUAAUAAUGGUCUUUUUUUUUUUU